UAUCAGUCUGCAAUUUUCACAAAAGAAAACGAAAAUAUAAUAAAGUUACAUGUACAAAAUUAAAACCAAAAAUUAUUCUAUAUUAUAUUUAAACUCCACGAGAUAUUGAACGCAAUUGAUAUUAAAAAUUGAAUUAUUUUUUUAAUUGAAAAUUAACUUCAAAUAAAAACAAUAGUACUUUUUUUGCUGAUUAAAUUCCGGAGAAAAAGGCCUGUCAAUAUUUUCUUUUAAGAUCAAUGGAGUUCAAUAAAUCUGUGAAAUUCGACUUAACAAAAAAUUUUUAUUAUUAAUUACCUAUUACUGGGAAUUUACGGGAGCAUCUGUUUCUAUCCAAAAACGGAAUUCACAAUAGACGAGAAAAAGCCGUGAACCGACGAGUGGUAUUUAAUUCGCGGUAGUGUACGAUUGCUCAUCACAAUUGUAAAUAAAACACGCGUGGUCAUUGUUACUGCAAUUGUGUAAGUGUACAGCAAGUGUCCAAGUCGCAAUUAAACUGGAGGCGACCUUCCGUCACUCGUGACGUUAACUCAAUUAGAGACAGAUAAACUAAAUGAGUGCACAAGUAAAAAGUGAAUUAUUUCAAUAAAGAAAAAAAAAGCCAAUGGACUCGUGAUAUUCGAGAGUUUGAGGUCCACCGGAUGCGCAUGGAGGGAAAAUGGAAACGCGUCGUAGGAUUUAAAAGGAAAAAAAAAUUGGAAAUGAAGAUGCAGUGGAUGUGCCUCUUGGUCUGCCUGUACGCGGGUAUGGUAUCAGGUCGGACCGAGGAAGAUCAGGCAUCCCUAUCAGGGGCGAGUACCGAGAUAAGGGUGGGACUUCCACCCCCAGAGAGGUGUUUCUAUCAGUCCCCGGUGGACUGUCCCGAGAUCAUCAAACCCGAUGAUUGUCCCUGCAAGAGAAUCCCCAUAUUUUCUCACACGAGCAACGACGAAAAUGCCGUUUACUGCUGCAAUUUGAGCGCCAAGAGCUUCGAAUUUGGUCUUGCAUGCGCAAACUUUCCAUCGAACGUUUCCUACAUUCAUAUAAGAAACGCAACUCUGGACGUGUUUAAUGUGUCAGAGGUGAAAUGGAGACGACUGAAGUCUCUAGCAAUAACUGAUGGAAGGAUCAAUCGAGUAAAGGGUCAAUUUCUCAUGAUGACCCCAACUCAGUGUCUCAACUUGUCCAAUAACGGAUUAAUAGAGAUUGAGAAUAAUUCAUUUACACGACUUGCGCAAUUGACGAGUCUCGAUUUAUCGUACAACAAUGUAACGCAUCUACCGGCAUUGAAUACAAUGCACGGUCGUGAAUUUUGGCUUGACAUAUCGGGGACAAAUACCCUCAUGUGUCACGAUGUUUAUCAGUCUAUCAACAAAACUGGAGAGAAACAAAUUCAUUUUAAUAGAGAGGACGAGACACUCUGCUCCACCAGCAAGACCUGGCACUGGUUCAAUACCACUGAGCACAUGCAUCUCAAGCAAGUCCGAUAUUUAAGUCAGCUACAAUCCGAGUGCCCAAAGGGUGACACUUGGCAAUGUCAAUGCAUGUUCCGACGAAUGGAUAUUGUCUGGGGAAAAUCGCCGACUUUAGCUGUGAAUGUUGACUGCACUGGCAUGCAAUUGACCGAAUUGCCAGAUCGACUUCCACGUAAUACGAUAGCCCUAAAUGUUUCUUACAACAACAUCACAGCUCUCGAUUACUUGAGUACAAAUCAUUGGUACGAGGACCUCAGAGAGUUCUAUGCUGACUACAAUAAUAUCUCAUCGAUAAACAAACUCGAGGGCUCGAAUUUUCUCGAUAACUACGCUUUUCUCAGCCUCAGGCACAACAAAAUAAAAUCCCUGCCCACGUACAUUUUAUCUAUCAACGGGCCUGAUAAGAAUUACGCUCUCUCGAAAGCUGUGAAACUUGGAGGAAAUACGUUGCACUGUGACUGCAACACGGCAAAGCACCUCAAGGGAUGGCUGCAGGCUAGAAUUCUCGACGCGGACGAAGUUCUCUGUGAGAACGUAAAAGAAAGAGUGACGGAGCUCGAUGCCUCCAAAAUGUGCGUCUACCCCGGGGACUGGACUGACUACAUUUACUACAUAAUCGCGACUGAGGUCCUCCUCCUGAUAAGUCUCAUAGCAAAAGUAUCCUACGACUACUGGGUAUUCAAAACAGCAGGAUAUCUACCUUGGCCAGCAAAUAAAAUGCCAAAACUCCCCUGCGACUGGCUGUGCGAGACUUAGGCUUGAUAUUUUCUAUUGAAUAUGAAUCUCAAGUAUUCAAAACUCGAAAGACUAAAGCAGAUUCAUUCAAUCGUCCUCAGAGGACACUUUUGACAGGUUUUUUUACUACCAAAACGAUAUUAAAAUGUAGUCCAUAUUUUUUACGUGAGAAAUGAACGAUAAAUGAGUGAAUGUAUUUUUUUUUAUGAACGUCUGCCCAUGACUUCGCAAAUUAAAAGUUUAUCCCAUGGAAAUGAAAAUACUCUAGUCUGUAUUGGCUUCUGGUCUAGAUAUUCCGCAGAUGCUGAACUAAAUUCGGUUUAUGCAAUUUGUAAACUGCAUUUUCAAUAAAAAUUAUGUACAAUGGA